AGGAGUCGCGUUAUCAAUAAUGCGAAAAAAUUACAGUAUGCAAUAUUAAUUGCAGCAACAUUCUUCUUUGCGCCGCAUGCCUACAUCGAUGGACGACGGAGGGACCGCACAACGGGAGUCAAAGAACCAAUUCGGAGAAGAAGAAAAAGUCAUAAUAAAUUUGUUUUUUUUCGGCUGCACUAUGAUUGGCUCGCAAGAGAAAUGUGCUGUCCAAUCACAGUUUUAGUGCAGCUUCGAGAAACGUGUCGAUGUUAUCUGUGGAGCAAAUAUCGAGGGAGAUUGCGAAUAUGCUGCAAUUUGCACAUAGAUGGAGGUGACUCCGAUUAACCAAUCGCAGGCCAAAAUUCUCCAACAAGUACUGUGUAUUGUUAUUUUUUGUUAUAAAAUCUGGUAAGAUGUUACGGUUCUACUCUAUCCUAUCCUGCCGUAUGUUUCUGAAACAUUAAACACAUAUUAUUUUCGAAACAAUUGACCGACAAUACACUUAAAUAUUAAGUGCGUAUAUUUGCAACACUGCCGAGACAAGUACGUCAUUGUCAUAUCGGAGCAAGAAUUUAUGUUCGACGUAUAUUAAAAAAACGGUGAUUUGUGAACGUUCAUUAUGCCGCGUAGAAAACAGCAGCAGCAGCAACAGCAGAAACGCUGUGUAGGCGAGGACACCAGAAUUGCAGUUAACUUGACUAUAAAAAAGUUGUUGAACGCACCUGAUCAAAAAGAGUUGGAGUUUCCAUCUUCUUAUACAGCAGAGGAGAGAGCAUAUGUACAUGAACUAGCUAGAAAACUUGGCUUGAAAUCUAAAAGUCGAGGCAAAGGUACAAAUCGAUUUUUGACGGUAUAUAAAAGAGAAGGUUCAACGAUAGUCCAAGCUGAUGCUGUGAUAAAAUUACAAAAAACUUCAAAGCAAAGCAUAUAUAAUCUGAUGCAAACUUUUCCAUUAAAUCACAGAGAAUGUCAGGACCUGCUUCCUCCAAUUGAGAGAGAACGCCCUCUCAGUAAUGAUGUAAAUACAAAUACCAAGGCAAUGGGCAGAUUGAACAAUAGCAUACCGCAAGUACCUCAGUUGAAAACAAAUGGUGACACUUUACAAUAUCGCAAGUCUCUGCCAAUUUUUAACUCCAGAGAAGAAAUUCUUAAUGCGCUAAAUAAUUAUCAAGUAGUCAUAAUUGCGGGUGAAACAGGAUGCGGUAAAACCACACAAGUGCCGCAGUACAUCUUAGAACACUAUCAACAGAAGCAUCAACCUUGUAGAAUUAUUUGUACACAACCCAGGCGCCUAUCAGCAGUAUCGGUGGCCGAAAGAGUGGCAUACGAGAGGGACGAGAAAAUUGGUCAGACAUUCGGGUAUCAAAUAAGAUUAGAAAGUAGAGUGGCGCCCAAAACUCUUCUGACGUAUUGUACAAACGGCGUAUUGCUUAGAACAUUGAUGGGUGGUGAUUCCGCUCUAACCACUCUCACACACAUCAUUGUUGACGAAGUACACGAACGGGACAGAUUCUGUGAUUUUCUGUUAAUAGCAUUGAAAGACGCGUUAGUCAAGUAUCGAUCUCUGAAACUGAUACUUAUGAGCGCUACAAUGGACACCAGUAUCUAUUCGAAGUAUUUUAACAAAUGUACCGUCAUCAAUGUUCCUGGUAGAUCAUACGAGGUGGACGUAUAUUUCUUAGAGGAUAUUUUAAAGAAAACGGGUUACAUGACAAAAGAGAUGUCACAGAAGAAAAAGAAUCUUUUGAAGAAAAAAGAGAAACAAAAGACGCUGGAGACCUGGAAGAUGUACAAACCACAGAAUCUUACUGGAAAUAGCAAGAAUGAAAACAGUUUAUUGCCUGCUCCGAUUUUAGCCCAACAGAAUGACCCUAUACCUGAAAAAGUCAAGUUGGAAUCUUGGCUGAUCGAAGAAAUGGACAAAAGCAUUUUUGACGCUUGGGUAAACGGGAGAGAGGAUUACUUUGCCCAACUUUUGCACUUUAUAUUAUCUGAAAAUGUCUCAGUGGAUUAUCAACAUUCCGAGACUGGCAUAACACCGCUGAUGGCCGCCGCCGUCAGAGGCUGCAUAAACACGACCGAGCAACUUCUCAAUUUAGGCGCGAAUCUCAAUCUGAGGUCGGCCAACGAUUGGACCGCAUUAGAAUGGGCAAAGAGCAGAAAUCAGACCGAAUGUGCCGAACUGAUCGAGGCUUACAUGAAAACUUACGAUUGCUCAGUGUCGAACACCGAACUGCAGAAUAUCACAAGCACGUCACUCUCCGAAGAAGACAAACUCCUGCUCGACAUAUAUCAUCGCACAUUCAACGACGAGAAUAUCGAUUACAAUCUGCUGUUAGAAGUAAUAUUUUAUAUUCAUUUACAAAAGCCCCCCGGCGCGAUUUUAAUAUUUCUACCGGGAUACGACGACAUUGUCAUAAUGAGAGAAAAAAUCAAUGCGGAGGAAAAAAAGAUGAAUCAAGGUUUACGUUACAAUUUGUACAUUCUUCAUUCUAACAUGCAGACGUGUGAUCAGAAAAAAGUGUUCAAGCCCAGUCCGCACGGCGUACGGAAGAUCAUACUCUCGACCAAUAUAGCGGAAACCAGCAUCACGAUCGAUGACAUUGUGUAUGUUAUUGAUUCGGGAAAAGUUAAGGAAAAAGCUUACGAUGCGAUAUCGGGUGUCUGCACGCUGACUCCCAACUGGAUAUCGCAAGCGUGCGCGAAGCAGCGGAAAGGUAGAGCAGGCAGAUGCAGACGAGGAAUUUGUUAUCGUCUGUUCUCUUCGGUCCGAUACAACAGCAUGCAACCUUACCAAACGCCCGAGAUUUUGCGGCUGCCGUUGCAAGAAUUGUGUUUGUACACGAAACACUUAACAUCAGGUAAUAUGCCUAUAGCCGAAUUUCUGGACAAAGCUUUGGAGCCGCCGUCUAACAUAGUAACUAGAAACGCGGUGCAAUUACUGAAGACUAUCGACGCGCUAGAUCCGUGGGAAGAUUUAACUGAAUUAGGUACCCAUUUACUCGAUUUGCCGAUUGAACCGAGACUUGGAAAGAUGCUGUUGUAUGCUGUCGUCUUAAAAUGUUUAGAUCCUAUUUUAACGAUCGUUUGCAGUUUAGCGUAUAAAGAUCCUUUUAUUAUACCGUCCCAACCGUCGCAAAAAAGAGCCCUGACUGCGGUACGAAAGAAAUUUGCGACCGGAACUUAUUCGGAUCACAUGGUAGUUCUGCGAGCGUUUCAGGGCUGGCAGAACGCUCGCGCGACCGGUAAAGAGCGUGCUUUCUGCGAAAAGAAUUUCAUUUCCGCUCCGGUAAUGGAGAUGGUUGUCGGAAUGCGUACGCAACUUCUUGGCCAGUUGCGUGCGUCCGGAUUUGUUAGAGCUAAAAGUCCUGGCGAUAUUCGAGAUUUGAAUUCGAACUCUGAAAAUUGGGCUGUUGUGAAAGCUGCUCUGACCGCAGGAUUGUAUCCCAAUUUGAUUCGCGUUGACCGAGAUCACAUGCAAUUACGAACGCAAAAAGAAGUCAAGGUGUUUUUCCAUCCGUCCUCGACAUUGAGAGAUUACCCGAAGUCUCCAAGGAUGACUUUCGCGCAAACGCAUGCAGCUAAUGUGCAAUCCUUGCCAUGUGAGUGGCUGCUUUAUGAGGAGAUGAGCCGUACCGGACGUUUCUGUCACGUAAAAGUAGUCACGCUGAUUAACCCACUAACUGUGGCUCUGUUUAGUGGACCAGCUAGAUUACCAAUGGAUGUGAUUUACGAGGCUGAAGCUGUACCGGAAAGCGAGUCGGAUUCGGAGGUUGAUGAAUCCCACGAAGGCACUCUUUUUAAACUCGAUGAUUGGGUGGUAUUUAGGCUUGAUCCUGAAACGGCUCAACUGUUUCUACAUCUGCGACAGAAAUGGAACGCUUUAUUCCUCAGGCGCAUGAAAGCACCGAACAAGGCUAUGUCGGCUUUAGACGAGAAAGUUGUUAACACUUUGGUGACUGUGAUCACGAAUGAGGAGCAAGCGUACGGGCUUCAACAGCCAACCGGCAUCGGGCAGAGGCCACGUCCAUUGAUAGUCGAUUAUUAUCCCGCAAACGUCAGAAGGGACGAUUAUCCAGAAAGAUAUUUCUAAAAAGCUAGAGAAAGAAGAACUGUUCCGACUCUUGUUUAAAAAAUAAUCUGUGUUCUGUGUCGCGAUCGUUAAUUUUAAUGAACAUGAAUUGCUGUUAUUAUUUAAUUUGUACAUGUGUAAGGGAUUUUUGCUGUCAUUAUUUAAUUUGUACACGUAUAAGGGAUUUCUUUAAGUGGAUAUUUGUGAAACAGUUAUUGCAGUUAUGUGAUGUGUGUGAUGUCUCAACCUGUAACACAUAUACUUGUAGAAUGUACAAGUGUGUUUUAUCACGUUACACAUUCUGAUUCCCAAUAGAUAAACUAACAAAAAGUGAGAGAGAGUGUGAUAUAAUAAAUAUUAGUGCAUAAUAAUAGUGCAUAAUAAUAA